AUGACGUGCCUCAACACCUCACUGUGCCUCCUGGAGAAGUGGGGACAGAGGUGGCAGGUUACCUUGUGGGGGACAAGACUCAACUCCUCGUUGUCCAGAACAAGGCAGGACAUCAGGCUCCUAUUCAAUGGGGCAGCCCUAAUACCACAGGAGGAGGUCAGCAUCUUGGGGGUCAUUUACGAUAAUAAAUUGACCUUCAAGUCCCACAUCGCAGAGCUCGCAAGAACUGCGGCAGGGAAACUGGCGUUCCUCAGGAGAAUCUCCUGGUUGCUGGACAGAAGGGGGCGAGAGCUGCUCUUCAAAGCUCAGGUCCGCUCCUCACUCGAGUAUUCUUGCCUCGCCUGGGGGGGUGCGGCGAAAACACACCUCGAGAAGCUUGAUGCGGUGCAGAGGAGGGCGGAAAGGAUCAUCACCGAGGAACAACCAGAGCAGCCCAGCACCCUACAGAGCUUGCAGCACAGGCGGGACGUGGCAGGACUGACAGUUUUAUAUAAAAUACAGCAAAGGACCACAGUGCACCUGCAGCAGCUGCAUCAGCCACUCCAACAAGUAGCUGUACAAACGAGAGGAGCGACCAGGACUCCCUCAGCCCUCAUUACACCACGCUCCCACACCACCCACCACCAGAGACAGUUUGUGCCUCGCUACGUACGCUUAUGGAACACCUUCCUAGCGGGGAACAUGUGUCCGGACGACCUAAGUGUUGCCGAGUGUGGGGUGCAAAAGUUUAAAAUGUGUCAGGGAAAUGUCAAGAAUGGCGCCUCCUCUGUAAUCAUUGAAACCACCAUGCAAGGGUUUGGCUUGAGUUUGGCUUGGUGUGUUGAGAGGUGA